UUUAACCUAUAACCCCUCCCACGGCUUCGCGUGCGCGUGCUGGUUAAAAUGUCGUCAGACUCUUCUAACACCUUAAGCCCGAGAGAAAGCGGGAAGUAUAUAGCAGAACAUGCCGAUCAUGUUACCAUUGAAGAUGCCGGGGUCGAAACUGCGGCCAAACUUGUGCUGGAGGUGGUGACAGCAUCCAGCGAUGGCCGACUGGGGGACCGGUUCCGGGCGCACCCGCUACACCCGCAGACGGCCGACCCGGCCGCCGUCGACUGGCUCUUCUUCGUGACCACGCUGAACUUCAACUUCUGGGCGCCAGUCAGCUCGACCAAGUAUGGCGUGCGCUACGGCGGCGAGCUGUACGACGGCUACUUCUCACUCUGCGCCGCCGUCAACCGGGCUCUCGACGAGGGGGUGCCGCUGACGGACCCGGCCUACUACAGCCAGCUGGAGCUGGGGCAGCUGCGCCAGCUGCUGCGCUCCGACACCGAGACCGAGAUUCCGCUGCUGGAGGAGAGACUGCAGGCCGCCACAGAGGCCGGUAAGGUCCUCGUCGCUAAGUACGGCGGGAGCUUCGCCGGCUGCCUCCGGACGGCGGGCGGCUCGGCCCAGCGGCUGCUGCGCCUCGUCACCGACGAGUUCGUCUCGUACCGCGACCAGGCCGACUACAAAGGCCGCCGAGUGUCCUUCUACAAGCGGGCCCAGCUGCUGAUCGCCGACCUGUGGCUGUGUUUUGACGGCCAAGGCCUCGGGCACUUCGACGACAUCACCUCUCUCACCAUGUUCGCAGACUACAGGAUCCCGCAGGCGCUGGCCUACCUGGGCGCGCUGCGUUACUCGACGCAGCUGACCGAGCUGCUGCAGGCUGAGCACGUGUUCACGUCCGGCGAGCCUAUGGAAGCCGAGAUCCGCGGCUGCAGCAUCGAGGCCGUCGAGCGGGUGACGGCCGCUGCCAGACGGAUGCUGGAGCGCGCCGGGCGGCCGGCCGACCACGCCCGCCUCAACAGCAUCGUGGUGGACAACUUCCUAUGGGGAUACCGGCGCCAGCACGUCAAGGAGACGGACGCCGUGCCCUACCACAAGGUGCGCUGUGUCUACUACUGAGACGGCUCCAGUGGCGGCGCUGUGUCUACUACUGAGACGGCCCCAGGGGCGGCGCUGUGUCUACUACUGAGACGGCCCCAGGGGCGGGCAGGCGGUGUGUAGUGUUACGCAGGCUUGGACCGCCAUGACGGCUACUGGCCUCGAGCUGGAGCUGCUGACCAACGCUGGCGCUGGUGGUGAGAACAGCCGGUAACGCUGGCGCUGGUGGUGAGGACAGCCAGUCGCGGACGUGAUGGAGAUAUUCCAGGCUUGGCUUCCGUCUAGGUGUUACGAUGUAAUUGGGGCUCUAGGAUGAAAGUGGAACGCAUGUCAUGUUCUGAAUCGCCUGUUGCCAUCGGGUCACAGUGGUGCUUUCUGCGCUGUGUGGAUUAUACGACGUGGUGCCGGCGAUUGGUGCGUGGUUUUAGUGCUAGGUUUCCUUCUUUAUGGGAAUCGAUCAGAAAAUGUUUGGUGUUGUCACUGAAUAUAAAUUUCGCUUCACAUA